AUGGCGGAGCGUUGGCGAGACAUUCUUCACCAGCUCAGCUCGGAACUCGAGCGACAGUCCACAAAAUUGCGCGACCUCGAGCUCGAGAACGAGCGGCUCCGAGAAGGUGAGGUUGCAUCGCUUGCAUCUCCAACUUCACCUAUUUCUAUUGCUCAAGCAGAGGCAGAAGAUGCUUCGACAGGUGAUACUACCAAGCAACAGGGAAAUCGUAGUGAGUCGUCAUACAGUGCCGCGUGCCAAAUCUCCGAAGUGAAGCCGUGGGCGGAAGAGAAUGAACCGAGUCGGCGACCCAAAGGCAGCAAAGAGGAUACGAACCAUCUGGAGCUUGACUCCACAGAGCCCGUGCGUGUUUGGGGCUCCAUGCAGACCUUUGCGGCGAAAGAUCCGGAUGCCAUCCUCAAGGCAAAGUUCGCACAAUUGCGGACAACCCCGACCGCCAACUAUGAGAGGAAGCCUUGGUACGUGAUCAAUCCGCAGAGGAGCAAUCGGUUUGCCGCGUGGCAGGUGAUCACCAUGUGCGCUUUAGCCUUCGUGGUAAUCGUUGUCCCCUACCAGGUGGGCCUCCUGGAGCUUGUGGAGUGGGAUCUCUUGCUCACUCUGAGUACCCUAGUAGACUUCAUUUUUCUUUGCGACGUGGUCUUGCAGUUUGUCACAAUGUAUCCUCGCACAACCCCGCGGGGGACUGUGUGGGAGCAGAAAGUAAGCAGAAUUGCCACGCACUACCUGAAGACGUGGUUUACGCUCGACUUCCUGACCUUGAUUCCUUUCGACAUCUUUGAGUUGACAUUCCAGGCGGACGAUGUGGGAUUGGGCAAGGCCAGCAAAGCCGUUCGUGCUCUAAGGCUGUUGAAGCUGAUGCGCAUUCUCAAAACGUCGCGUUGGCUCCACAAGAUUGAGAUUGCCAUUUCCAUCCCCUACCAGCAGUUUGCAUUGUUCCGCUUCUUGCUCAUCUUGUGCAUGGUCUGCCAUUGGCUGGCCUGUAUAUGGGCUAUGACAUUGCAACUCGGUGAAACAGACAAGCCACAGUGGAUCAAUGACAUCGAGAAAAUAGACCAGGAGUUUGGCAUCGACACCCGAUCCGAUCCCAUGCGCACGUACAUCAGCUCCCUGUACUUCUGCACCUACACGAUGACCUCCGUCGGCUAUGGUGACAUUGGUCCAAAGAACAUCAUUGAGCGCUGCGUGUGUACGCUUAUUGUCCUCACAGCGGGAUUGUGCUGGGCCUACGUACUUGGCGAAGUCUGUGCCAUUGUGAGUGACAUGAAUGCUGAAAGCCAGGGCUUCCGGAAGAAGAUGACGGAGCUCAAUCGGAUGAUGAAAGAGCAAGGCUUGCCAUAUGAACUGCGCUGCCGCAUGAGGAGCUUCUUCUUACAGAAUCGUCACCAGGCCCUCUAUAUCACCCGCCAGAGGUUGAGGGAGGCUAUGAGUCCGCAGCUGCAGUCGGAGAUUAGCACUGCGGUCAACCUUCCCUGGAUCUCAAAGGUGCCCUUCCUGGAGCAGUUCAUGGACUACAUCGAUCGGCAGGGCUCAGAAGGAAAAGACAUUGACCCCUUCAGGGCAUGCAUUGCCGACGUUUCCCGAGAGCUGUCUUGUGGCGCGUUUGCCCAGGGUGAGAAGUUCGACAACAUGCAGGUGUUGUACAUCGUCUCCAAGGGCAUUGUUGCGCUGAACAACCGGGUUGGCACCAACGGGGCUGUGUGGGGUGAGGACUUCGUCCUGUCUGAUAUGAGCCUCAUCCGAAACAUCAGAGGCUGUGCCCUGACCUACCUCGAGGUUCUCUUCUUGACUCGUGACAAGUUCAUGAAGGUGGUGGAGAGGAGGACGCGCACAUGUCCAGAGCUUGGCGUUAUUGUCAGGCAGUUCACCGUGCGCCUCGCGGUUAGAAGAGGUUUCGUUGCAGCCGCCAAGAAGAAGCAAGAGGAAUGGGAAGCGAAGCAACUAGCCAUGACGAAGACUUUCUCCUUGAGGUCCAGAGGAUCUGCUCAGUAUGCUCCGCUACCACCAGAAAUUCCGGACACCAAGGUCAUCCAGCCAAAUGGCAGUUUGCCCGGCUCACUUGAUGAUUGA